ACGGGCUUUAGGUCGAUAAACGGUUCGCCGCCGAGCAUGCCGCGUGGUGGAGUGUAAAGUGAACCAGAUCCUCCUCCAGCCGGUGCCUCUAAAAUGGCCACAGAAGGAGCGGUUAGCGCCAGGACCACACUCUGGUACCUGGUGUUUGUGGGGUUUGCCGUCAACUACAUGAUCCGCAUUAACACAAACAUCACGAUCGUGGCCAUGAUCAAGCAGUCGAACCGGGAGUUGGCCGGGAAAACGAAAGUGGACUAUGCCUGCUACGAUGAAGGUGCAGUCCAGGCAAACGGAUCCAGCGUCACGGCAGACGAAUCGACCUCCGUCACUCCGAAGCAAGACCCGGCCGGGCUGCUACGAUCGCGUGAGCAGAAAAUUCUUUCCCCCGAGCAAAUGUUGAUGAUAUUUUUGAAGCGCGAUCCUCAGAGGGAUGGCUUCGAUUGGAACGAGUACCAGCAGGGUGUGAUUUUGGGCGCCUUCUACUGGAUCCACUGGGUCACGCAGAUACCGGGCGGCAUCCUGGCCCGGCGCUACGGCACGAAGCUCGUGUUCGGUGCCAGCAAUGUAAUCGGCUGUUGGCUGUGCUUCCUGAUGCCGAUCGCUUCUUACUGGGAUUACCGCGUGCUUGUGUUUCUGCGCGUCCUCCAGGGGCUAGUAUGUGGUCUAGCGUGGCCUGCGAUGCACCAUAUGGCGGGUCAGUGGAUUCCGCCGAACGAACGGAGCAAGUUCGUCACCGCUUACCUCGGCAGCUCGGUCGGAGUGGCCCUAAACUUCCCACUCUUCGGGUACAUCAUCGCUCGGACGUCCUGGGAGUACGUGUACCAUUUCUGUGGCGUCUUCGGCACGGUCUGGUAUGUGGCCUGGUUGUAUCUGGUGUACGACUCGCCCGCCGAACAUCCUCGCAUUCACCCGAACGAGCGGAAGUUUAUCGAAAGCUCGCUCGGCAUCAGCCAUCAACCGGAGCGGGCGAGUGAAAAGCACACCGGGGCCACCCCCUGGAAGCAGAUCAUCCUGUCGAAGGCCAUGUGGAUGACGGUCGUGGCCCAGUGGGGCGGUAUCUGGGGUCUGUUUACGCUGAUGACCCAGGCGCCCACUUAUUUCAACAACGUUCACGGCUGGGGCAUCGAGAUGACGGGCUUCUUGUCGGGGAUACCGCACCUUUGCCGGAUGCUGUUCGCGUACGUGUUCUCCAUCGUCGGUGACUACCUGCUGAAGAACGAACUCAUGUCCCGGACGGGCGUUCGGAAGAUGGGCGGCACGAUGUGCUGCGUCGUGAACGGAUUUUUCGUGCUGGGGUUGGCCUACAGUGGCUGCAACUCGGCGCUGGCCACCAUCUUUCUGACGCUCGCUACGGCCGUCCACGGAGCGGUAUCCACUGGGCCGCUUGCUAACCUGGUCGAUAUGAGCCCGCGGUAUGCGGGGAUACUUUUGGGAGUCUCCGGUAUGAUCAGCGUCGUACCCGGCUUCGUGUCACCGAUCAUCGUGGGCAUGCUAGGCAAUCACACCGUAGAACAGUGGCGGACUAUAUUCCUGCUGUCCGCCGGGAUGCUGAUCGUUUGCGGGCUCAUCUACAUGGUGUUUGCCGACUCGACCACCCAGCCGUGGAACACUUCCGAAGCGCUUCCCGGUGCCGGCGACCAAGACGAGCUGCAAAGUCUGAAGGGUGAGAUGGCGACGAACACCGAACAGAGCCGAACGGUUAGACUAAGUUCCGUGUGAGU